AAGGCCAAGGGUGAGCUUUGAAGUCGUUGCCUAGGCGUCCACGGCUGGGGAAAAGGGUCUUUGUGCCCUGUGCUUGAUGGGCUGUUGGCUCAUUCAUCUCCAAAUCCACUUUCAAAACCCCGAAACUGCAUUCCUGCAGCAGCCUUGUCUCGCUGCCUGUGUACCCCUUACAGCUUACCACCAAAAAUUGCUCAUGGUGCUCUCCUUCUCACGAAUCAGUGUCAGAAAACCAAAUCCAUUAUCUUAUCUCCUCCCUUACCGUUCCAUAUUUUCCUCACUCCCUCAUCUCUGCAACAACAGCAGCAACAACCCCUCACAGAACCCUAAAAUCCUAACCCCACCUCCACCUGAAAACUCCUGUCCCCCAGAUUCUCACCCCAGAACACGAACCCCACUUGAAAAGCAAUUCGAGACAUGGGUCGAGAAACUCAAGCCUGGAUUCACUCCCGCAGACGUCGACGAAGCCUUGCGAGCUCAAUCGGACCCCGAUCUCGCCCUUGACAUCUUCCGGUGGACGGCACAGCGUAACGGGUACAAGCAUAACCAUGUCACCUACCUCACUAUCAUCAAAAUCGCCAUUUCAGGUAGGCACUAUAAGCACGCUGAAACCCUAGUUGACGAAGUCAUUGCCGGGGCUUGCGAUGCGAGCGUGCCUCUCUACAAUUCGGUAAUUCGGUUUUGCUGCGGCCGGAAAUUUAUGUUCAAUCGCGCUUUUGAUGUUUAUAAGAAAAUGUUGAAGUCGGAGGAUUGUAAACCGUCACUCGAGACAUACUCAUUGUUGUUGAAUUCCCUUUUGAGGAGGUUUAAUAAAUUGAAUGUGUGUUAUGUGUAUUUGCACGCAGUAAGGUCAUUGACGAAGCAAAUGAAAGUUUCCGGCGUGAUCCCAGAUACUUUUGCUUUGAAUAUGAUCAUAAAGGCCUACUCAAAGUGUCUUGAAGUGGAUGAAGCAAUUAAGGUUUUUCGUGAAAUGGGGUUGUAUGGAUGCGAGCCCAAUGCAUAUACAUAUAGUUAUAUUGCAAAGGGGUUGUGCGAGAAGGGGAGGGUAAGCCAGGGUUUGGGGUUCUAUAAGGAAAUGAGGGCUAAAGAUUUGGUGGCCAGUAGUAGCACUUACAUGAUUUUGAUUUGUAGCCUCUCAAUGGAGCAAUGGUUCGAGGAUGCUGUUGAGGUCCUAUUUGAUAUGUUGAGUAAUUCAAAGUCUCCAGAUUUGCUGACUUACAAGACUCUUUUGGAAGGAUUGUGUCGGGUUGGGAGGGGUAAUGAUGCCUUUGAUUUACUUGAAGAAUCGAGGAAGAGGGAUGCUUUUAUGGGUGAGAAGACUUACAAGUCUUUGUUGAAUGGAUUGCACUUUUUAAGUCGGGAGUAAAUCCUGCCUCUACGACUCGUUAGAUUCAGAUGCCUAAUUCAAUUUUUCAAGUUUGGGGGAAGCAGGUUUUGAGACAUUGUUGAAUUGAAUAUGAUUCUUCUCGACUUGUGACAGCGGGUUGCAUAACAGAUUUGCUCUAUGGACUACACUAUAUUUCCUUUAUAUUUGUUCCUUUUCCUAGAUGACGGCCUACAAUGAUAGCAGCUGCUUGGCAGGUGGCAAUCGUGGUCUCUGCCUCACAUCACAUGAGAGGUUGAUAUUCAAAUGUAUGCAGUUCGUUUGCUGUAGAAGGGUUCAUAGUGUAUACGCUAUAUUGGCAUUUUGGGAUCGGGAUCAAGUUUAUUCAUUUGGAACACUUCUUAAACACUAUAUUUUGUAGGAGGUGAUAUCAAUUCAGUGUUGUUUGUCAUGGAUUCAGAGUUUCUUUUGUUGGAAGAGGACCACUUUGUGCGAUUGCCUGUUAUCAUUGGUUGGAACUGCAGGUGAAAUUCUCAGAUGAUGAUCAGAAAUUUGAGCUAGUCUGAAGGCCAUUGCAGACAGGACAUUCAUUGUUGUCAUUUCUGUCGUAAAAAGUACCAAAUUCUUGCUCAGUGACGAAAUCAAUGGUAUACAUUCAUUAGGCAUUUUUUGUUCAUCUUCAACAAAUGUUAACUGCUUAUGUAAUCAAGAUGGAAUCAAAUGUUUAGAUGGAAUUAGUCUAAUAAGGUGGGGUUAGCAGCUGCCAUCAAAGAGAGCAUGAGGUCUUGUGCCAAAAGAUUGGAAGUCUUGGACAUAACAGUAAUUAUGAAAUGCUUAUGGAUGCUGAUUACAAAGGCCUCUGCCAUUUGGGGCCUACGGAUGCA